AGAUGCGGAUGGUGGGAGUCAGUGUGUGGCUCUUCCUCAACUUGGUGUUCCUGGGGAUGACGGCCUACCUCUACCUGCUGUGGGUGCAGUACUGGCGCUAUGUCGACGCCAACAAGUUCCAGCCUCGCUCUACAAGCUUCCCCCACCACGACAAUAUCCAAGAGAUAGAGGUUCGACCUGGUAAACCCAGGUUCUUCCCUCGACGUGUUGAACAACCACCGCCGCCACCACCUGAGACUGUCUACACUCCCACACAGGCCCCCAACAUCACCACCACCACGCCCAUGACCAAAGAACAGCUGCAUCAGGCCAUAGAGAAGCAUAAGAUGGAUGUGUUGGUCAGGUUAAGAAAAGCUCAAAUGCAAGAGGGGAGUGUAUUGUUUAAGCACGAGAAUAAAUAUGGGGUGAAUUACCGAGGCCCCAAAAUCCGCGGCAGCCCAACUAGGGAACAGCUUCUGUGCUCCUUCCGCCGAGCCUCCUUCAGAUCGUUGCGGGACGGGGAUGAACCCUUCACCUCUGAGGGUCUGGCCAAACACUUCCCCAGUACCGGACUCCUGGAGGGGCGCUACUUUAACUCCUGUGCUGUCGUCACUAAUGCUGGGGCAAUCAAAGGUUCCAAGUUGGGCAAUUUUAUAG